CCCUGAGUUGACCCAGAAAAUAGGCAGUCGUUUCAAGAUCUGAUGCGGCAGUCUUUGUGCACACCGUCCCCGCUUGAGCAUGAAGCGUAACCCCGUGGAAUAGAUACUGCAAUUCGGAGGGGGAGCGUUUUUCUUGCAGAGGAAAACUGUUUUAAUAGACGGGAGCCGAAGCAAAGUCGCGCAACUUUGUGAAAACGUAGCGGAUACGGACAGGAGGCAUGGCAGACCAUCUGAUGAUGCCCAUGAACCACAGCUCAGCGGGCGCCAGUCUCCACGGUUACAGGAUGGGCAUGAAUGGCGGCCUGCAGGCAGGUCACCAGCAGCAUGCCAGCCAGCAGGGCAUGCGGGCACUGCCCAAUGGCCAGAUGAUGCACUACGGUGGCGCCCAGGCCAACAUGGAGACCGCCAUGAGGCAGCGGCAUGGCAUAGUGGGCGGACCCAUGAAUGGACAAAUGAACGGGGCCCAGAUGGGUCACCACCAGAUGACCUCUGGUAACAUGAUGUAUAAUGGUCAGCCCCAGCAGCAACAGCAUCACCCUCAGCAGCAGCAGCAGCAUCACAUGCAUCCGCAGCAGCAACAGCAUCAACAACAACAACAACAACAACAACAACAACAACAACAACAACAACAACAGCACCAGCAACAAGCCCAGCACCAGCAACAAGCCCAGCACCCGCAGCAGCAACAACAGUUCAUGAACGGAGGUUUAACGUCCCAGCAGCUCAUGGCCAGCAUGCAGCUGCAAAAACUAAACACCCAGUACCAUGGACACCCGCUGGGACCUAUGGGUGGGAACCACAUGGGGCCCACAACCCAGUACCGCAUGAACCCAGCCCAGCUGGCUAACAUGCAGCACAUGGCCGGGCCAGCCCUGGCCCUGAACGGCAUGGACGCGGAUAUGAUUGACGAGGAAGUUCUGACCUCGCUUGUCAUGGAGCUGGGCUUGGAUCGGGUCCAGGAGCUGCCUGAACUCUUCUUGGGCCAGAAUGAGUUUGAUUUCAUCUCAGACUUUGUCAGCAAACAGCAGCCCAGCACCGUUAGUUGCUGAGAGGAACUAAUUUGGAGACAGGAGAGAGAGAGAGAGCAAGAGAGAGAGAGAAUUGUCCAGGGUGGAUGAAGAGUGCUUAUCGCUUCCCUUUUUAUUUAGUGAGCACCUCCCUGUUCAACUAUGCCGAGUUGUGGCGUAGGAUGUACAGAAGAGAACUCUGGAUAUCCACAGGGAACACACAGUGCUCGAGUCUCACACGUGCUAGUGGCCAGAGGGUGGCUGGGUUCAAGGCUGAGUUCCACCUCUCCCAUUUCCUGGACAUGAAUGUAAUAAAGAACUUUAGAAAUUCUUAAAAGCCACUCUGAACAAUGCUAUGACACUGUGUAGCCUCUGAGCCUGGACUCCAUGACAGUUUACCAGUAAAAAGGUGUAUUUAUUUAUUCCUAUCUGAGAAAACUGAUAUAAAGAACAACCACCUUCUCCAUUUUGGAAACCAAGUGGUUUUAAUGAUUUUAUUUGUGAGAGUAGGAUGGGGGAGACAUUUUAAAUUAUGUUCUCUUUAUGAUUUUUGUCCUAUUCUAUUUGGCCUAGUAUUUAAAUAAGCUCAGAUGACAAGGUCAUCUAAAAUGAGCCUGAAUUCACUAAGAAGACACGAUAGAAGAACAAUGUUUAUUCUCAUUUGAAUGGGGGCCUCAUCCAGAAUUUUAAAAAAAAUGGUUCACUUUUGGUAAAGUGUUGCCUUUUUUUAUUUUGAUGUAAUGUCUUCAAAAAUCUACUGCUUUUACCGUAUGAAGCUGUAUAACUCCAACAUGUCCACACUGUUGUGUUCUAUUGGAGAUGUAGAACCGCCUUAAUCGCGCAGAUUCUUAUUUAUUGGUUGUUUAUAUUGUCCCCUUUUUGUGGUCAAGA